CGUAGACCAACGCUAAUGGCACCUUCACCUCCUGCACACACACACACACACACACACACACACACUGAGCAGCUCUGAGGGGCAGGGCAUGUUCAUUUUGUAAUGACUACCAGCUAAUACAGCAUUAUCAACGAUCAUGUUACUGCGGCACUGACAGCAGAGGGCAGGAUGCGGGUUUUCCUAUAGACCACCCCUCGUUAUUUUCUGUUUUUUUUUUUUUUUAGUUUCUCAGCCAACGAAAAGAUCUGGGUUUUUUUCAAAUUAUGUUUCACCGAUCAACAUGCCUCCUUCCGUCGCCUCGUCUCGUCUUCUCUCAGGGUGGAGUAGUGGCUCUAAAUGAGAACAGAUGUGAUGCACGUCUGGCGAGUAUCUCGUUUUAGUUGAGGGUCUCUGCAGAGCAAAGGUAGUGAAAUCUCUUCCUCUCCCCAUACUCCACGCCCUGUCAUUAUUAUUGUCAAUAGCUGCUCAGCACCAUGUCCCCUCCAGCAUCGGCUGCGACUGCCAGUGAAAGCAGUACCACCACCGUUUUCGAGGAGGACACCAGAGAGGAGCAAAGACCCCUGAAGCAAUCUCUGAGCAAGUCACUGUGCCGGGAGAGUUUUUGGAAAUGCCUGCUCCUGUCUGUUCUCAUGUACGGCUGCAUGGGAGCCAUGGUUUGGUGUCAUGUCACCAAGGUGACCCGCCUCACCUUUGACAGUGCCUUCAAAGGGAAGUCCAUGAUGUACCAUGACAGUCCCUGCUCUGACGGCUACAUCUACAUCCCCCUGGCUCUCCUGGGCAUGCUCUAUUUGGUCUAUCUCGUGGAGUGCUGGCACUGUCACGUGAAGAACGAGCUGCAGCACAAAGUGGACGUGGAGGGCAUCUGUGAACGAAUCCAGAGGAUGCAGCAAGCUAAACCCUGCAUCUGGUGGAAAGCCAUCAGCUACCACUACGUCCGCCGAACACGACAAGUCACGCGCUACCGCAACGGAGACGCUUACACGAGCACACAGGUUUACCACGAGCGUGUCAACACCCAUGUGGCAGAGGCUGAAUUUGACUACGGUCACUGUGGUGUCAAAGAUGUCUCCAAACAGCUGCUGGGCUUGGAGAAGUCCGCUCUCACCAAGAUGCGGUUCACCAAGUGCUUUAGUUUCGCCAACGUAGAGUCUGAGAAUUCCUACCUGACGCAGCGUGCACGCUUUUUCACUGACAAUGAGGGCCUCGAUGACUACAUGGAAGCCAGGGAGGGCAUGCACCUGAAAAACAUUGACCUGAAGGAGUAUGUGAUGGUGAUGUCGGAUCCGGAGCACCACCCCUGGUAUCUGUCCCACUACGUCUUCUGGUUCGCCUCCUUCCUCACUUUCUCCUGGCCUCUCAGAGUCUUCACAGAGUAUCACACUGCAUACGUCCACUACCGCGUUGAGAAGCUCUUUGGGCACGAUUACCUCCCCGUGACCCCGUGUGAUGAUCGGCCAUAUUGGCGCCGCAUCCCUCGUGUCAACACCAUUGACAGCACAGAACUGGAAUGGCACAUUCGGUCCAACCAGCAACUGGUUCCCAGCUACUCAGAGGCUGGCCUGAUGGACCUGGCCCAGUGCCCGACCAGCUUCAAUGGAAUACGUCAGAAUUGUGAGCGCUGCCACAGAGCCAUCAGCUGCUCCUCUGUGUUCUCCAGGAGCGCCCUCAGCAUCUGUACUGGUGCCAGCUCCCGCAUCCCCUUCAGCGGCAGCCGCUUCUCCCUGGCGCGGCGCUACGGCUCCCAACGCAGCUGCUUUUGGAGGAGCGGCAGCUUGGAUGACCAGGAGAGUCCCAGCGAAAACACCCGCUGCCUAUCAGAGCGCCUCGCCACGGAUGACGAGGAACCCCCAGACUAUGAGGACGCACUUUGCUACCCAGUGCUCAUCGUCCACUGUAGCGAGAAUUGCCACAACCACAGGUCCUUUCACAGAAAUGGAUCCUGUGUGGAGACUUCCUUAUGACUAUGCACUCACCGACUAGACACAGUGGCGUUUCUGUAGCAUACAAACACUUAGGACAUUACAAACCGGGUGUGGAAACAAGUCUUAAUGUGAGAAACCCAGAUUGACGUCAUACUGUCUGAAUCCUGAAUGUGUGAAACACCACAGCAAUAACAGUGAUUGGUGUGUGGAGAACAAAGCGAUGGUGUGAACCCACUGGGAUACAUGGAAGAAUUAUAUCUGCCAGACGCAGACAAAGACUGUUACAGUGUUCGUCAUCGCCAUAGCUUUCAAGGUCUCAUAUGUGCAGUUACCUCAGAAGACCUUUUUCAGAAGCCACGGACAAGAUGGGCAGGUUUAAACAUCUCAUUCAUUCUGUGAAAUCUCAGAAACACAAACACAUCAGAGCAAUAACUGUGAAGACAAACACCAUCUCAAGUGAAAGGAGGAACAUCAAUGAAAUGCAUGUAUGUGACAAAGAGACAGCGGUCAACAUGGAAACCUCCGAUCCGGAAGAGACAAAGGAUCUCUCGGAUACUCUCACUUACUGUAAAACCAAUGUAUGGUGUUUGUAAUUUUACAUUACUUACGUGAAGUGUUGUAAUUUUACUUUUUCCGAGUAACUACUGUUUUUUAAUCAACACGCCUCUUGUAUUUCUACUUCAGUUAGUGACUUUCUGCAUUCCCCAGAAUGCCUUUGGACAACUGCAGAAACAGGUAUAAUAUAAACUUUAUAUUACUUUACAUAGUAUUAUGUUUAUGUGUUGAUGGACAGUGACAUAAAGAUAGUAUAAUCAGAAUGACAGCUGUUCUAACUAACCCUUCCUCCUGUAGGGCUGCAACUAACUAUUAUUUCUGCUCUAUAAAAUGUUGAUAAGUGUUUCCCAAAGCCCAGGAUGACAUCUUCUUUUUGUUCUGUCAAUAAAUAUAUUCAGUUUGCUCUCUUAGAGGAGAAAAGAAACCAGAAUAUAUUUAAGACGCUGGAAUCAGAGAUUUUGGUUUAACGAUAAUUGUAGCUUCUUCUAAAGCGGAUGUCUCCUGAUUUGACUGCUGACUGUUGGUGCAAUAUGGCAGCUCCAGAGGGAAACUUACCUUUCUUAUGGAUGAUGUUGAUGUUUACAGUUGAUGUUUUUGCAACAUUUUGUCCUCUAAACCUCCACUCUAGAUGUUGGAAUUAUCUAAAUGGGAUGACACAUUGUCACAGCUUGGAUAUCUGUAAGGAAACAAGAGUCAGAAAAGCGUUUAACCCUCUAUUACAUGGCGUAAACAAUAACUUUAUCCCAAUUUCUUCUAAAAGGCAGAUAGAAAAGGGGUUCUUCUACUUUUGUAACACAAAAAAUGCACAAACAUGAUCAGGAAAUCCUGUUUGCAUUUCCUUUUUCAAUGGAUGAGGGCUCGUAAAGUUGUAAAAUUUUUCCAUAUUUAAGCAAGAAAAAAAAACUGUUUAGAUGUGGGAUCACAACAUUUACAGCAUUUUAUAUUAUUUUAAUUUUUAUAUAUAGAUUUUUUUAUUUUUCAGAUAUAAUGCCCAAAUUAUAUAUUGAUCUUGCUGGAUCAACAGGUGGAAUUGGGUCAUUGGUGCAAUAUAAAUUUGAUUAAAAGACAUGAUGAACCCUGAAUGAAAGGAUUGAUACUAAAUAAAUAUUAUUAAAUUAGAAUAAAUAGGAAAAAUUUUAUUUAAUGGGAUUGCGCAUUGUUGGCAUACGGCAACAAUUUAGAAACUAUGAAUAAAUAAAUAAAUAAAUAAAUAAGAUAUAUAUUUUGAUAUUUCCAUUAUUUAAACAAUCCUAGGUUAUAAAAAUUAAUUUAAACAUUUGAUCAUGUAGUUGUAAUUCAUGCAAUAGAGGGUUAACAUUGUUACAGUGUUUUACAGUGAAUUUUUGUUUUAACAUUUGAC